GAACCGUCACUCCACCACAAAUCAAACUCACCCAGCGAGCGAGCGGCGGACAGAGGACGGGAUGUGGAGACGCGGAGGGGUGCGCACGGUACAGACAGACCCCGCCACGCCACUGAGCCGCAAUGGAUCAGUAGAGGUUGUCCGCGGUGAGAGGAAAAUGCUCCCUCUGUUUCCCGCAGAGGAAGAAUCCGACAAGACGUGAACGGGACGGGGGAUGAGAGUCAAACUGUGCCGGAGCUCCUCUUCGUCUCGUGAUCUUACAACAGUCCGCCUGUGAACCGCAGGGCGUCGGGGGUGUACACGGGGCGCGCGGCUCCAAGUCGCUCCAGGUCCACUGUGGAUUGAGGGGGAAACCGGCUCUUUCUGUGUUUUAUUCAAACCUGCUGGAGCCCUGUGGGUGAAGGUGGUCCUCGCCAUGAGGGUCGUUUCAGCAAACUUGUUCGCCCUGCUCCUCCUGUGCGCCCUCGCAAGUGUUUUCUACGUGUGGAGCCCACUGGAGACGCGCUUGGAGCGGCACAAGCGGAGGCUCACAGCCCCGGGCGGAGGGGCUUUCCACCAGGGUCUCCCCGCGGACCUCUCCGCUAAAACUUUCCGGGCAUUGCUCGCUGUCCCGGCGGCACAAAGACCGCACUUGGGGGGCAGACUCGAGGCUCCCAACCUCACCCAUCAAACUGUCUCCGCAGGAAGUCGAGAUUACCAUAUGAAUGAGGAUACCAAGGGGUCAACGCGGAGGGAGGGCCCGGUCAAGUUGGGCUCCCCGGUGGAGGAUGGGGUAUUUUGGGGCGAAUGGCUGGAGGAUCUCCGCCCUGUGGGCUUCACGGAGGAAUAUGCUCGGGGCUGGCGAGAGAGAGCCAGGACGCACCGGGUGGUGAAGCUGGAGCCGGGAUGCGGCAGGAGGUCCAACCAGCUCGCCACUUUCGCGGACGGGACCAAAGCGUGUGUGCGUUACGGGAUAAACGCGGAUCAGGUGCAGGGAGAAACUUUGACAUAUUACCUCGCCAGUUUGCUGGGCAUCACCAACCUGCCUCCCCUGGUGCUGUCCCAGCUGAGCGGGGACAGCGAGCAGUGGGCGGCUGUGAGGACGCGGGUCGACGCUCUGCAGUGGAGCGACCGGGCCGUGGUGUCUCUCACCGAGUGGGUCUCCAACCUCACCGGGGUGGUCACACCUGCGCCGCUCAGGCAGGAGAGCAGCGGGCUGCACCCGGUGCUCGAGCAGCUCGGGAACAAGACGACGGCGGAGCUGCUGGAGCUGAUGCAGUGGAGCGACCUGAUCCUGUUCGACUACCUGACGGCGAACUUCGACAGGCUCGUGAGCAAUCUGUUCAGCCUGCAGUGGGACUCGCGCGUCAUGGAGCGGGACACCAACAACCUGCUGAAGACGCCGCGCGGUGACCUUGUGUUCAUCGACAACGAGGCCGGACUCGUGCACGGCUUUCGGGUGUUGAACAUGUGGGAGAAGUACCACAGCACGGUGCUGAGCUCCGUGUGCGUGUUCAGAAAGAGGACCACUGAGCGCGUGGCGGAGCUGCACAGGCGCAGAGACUCCAGGAAAAGGCUGCUGGAGCUCUACAGGGACAGCGAGCCUUUGUCUGUGGAAUUAGGAUUUCUCUCAGACGAGCACGCCGGUGUUCUCCAGGACAGGAUAGACAGAUUACACAAACACAUUUUGCAUUGCAGAGGCAAGUACAGCCAGCUGUGAGCAUCCAGCACGCACAGGCGAGGGGAUUCUGUUUUUUUUGCCUCCACAGAGUAAUGAGUUUUUGCAAACGCCACUGGCACACCUGUGCUGAACCGAUGCGCAUCACACAAACUGUCUCGAACAUCCAGCUGAACUACCUCCUGUGAAUAGAAUGUGUUGCCUACUUUAUGAAUAAUUAAAUUAAACACAUGUUUAUAAGCUCCCUGCACAGGUUUUCACUGUAUGCCUCACAGAGAGGAAUGAUUUAGGCCAUUCUCACUCAUCUUUACUUCACCCCACCGAGGCUCACCUGGAUAGGAAAUCGAUGUAAAGAUAUAUUUGUGACUAUAGGGUGUCAUAACGCAGCCCUCCAUGUGUGUGUGUGUGUUUGGAUUCUUGCCUUGUGUUUAGAAAUCCUAAUGAAAAACUCCUAAGCCUUAACAUAAGUUGACUCUUGAAUACUGUAUUACUGUUGACGUCUGGCUCGCUUUUUUAUAGGAAAUCUUUUGCACAGUACCUUGUACCUGCACUCUGGUAGUUUGGAUUGCAUUUUCAGCCUUAAAGUCACAUAUGUCCAUUGUACAUGUUGUAAGUAAGUUGUAAAUAUCGUCUGCCAACCUGUUUUGGAUAUUUGAAGCUCCACUAAUUUAAUUGUGCAUUGUAACAUUCCAAAAUCUCUUGUCCUUUUUGAUAAAUACACUGUAAUUUAAUUUAA